AUGAACAGUCCUUUCAGAAGUGUCACUGAAUGCAACAGUGCUCUUCGAUCGGUGGAUUGGGGAAAUAUUCGCCGCGAUGGCCAUAAUUUAUUCACAAAACUCAUCCGAACACGUAACCCUAAAGACAUCGAGGGUCCUGAAAUCCCAGCUCCGGGUACACAACGCCUCUCUCGAUGCUUAGAUACAACGGACCUUACAUCUUUGGGAGUUGGUUCCUGUGCCGGCACCGGGAUGUAUCUGGUCUCCGGGAUGGUUGUUCAAAAGUUUGCUGGCCCUGGAGCAGCGAUAAGUUUCAUGAUAGCAGCCAUAGCGAGCAUUUUCUCAGGGUUUUGCUACGCAGAGUUUGGUGUCCGAGUGCCAAAUACAACAGGAUCUGCUUACACCUACUCCUACGUCACUAUUGGCGAAUUCAUAGCGUUUAUUAUCGGCUGGAAUAUGCUAUUGGAAUACCUGAUUGGAACCAGUGCGUGUGCUCGAGCCUUGAGCGUCUGUUUCGACUCCUUAUGUGAUGGUGCUAUUACCAACUUCUUUGCAUCGCACAUUGGAACCAUCUUUGGCAAACCCCCGGACUUUAUAGCAUUCGCUAUAACCAUUUUAAUGUCCCUGAUACUGGUCGCCGGCGUCAAAAAGUCUCUGAUAUUUAACAAUAUCCUAAACAUCAUUAAUUGUAGCGUUUGGGUGUUUAUAAUGACAACUGGAUUGUUUUACGUUAAGUGGGAUAAUUGGUCACAGCACGGUGGAUUCCUACCGUACGGCUGGAGUGGAGUAUUCAGAGGUGCGGCAACAUGCUUCUACGCGUUCAUUGGGUUCGACAUAAUUGCUACAACAGGCGCAGAAGCCACAAAUCCAAAACGAUCAAUUCCUUUGGCCAUUGUGUACAGUCUCGGCAUUGUUCUCGUAUCCUAUGUAACCUGCUCCUUGAUGCUCAGCUUAGUCGUGCCCUACGAUCAGGUAUCGACGGAGGCUGCCCUCCUCGAUAUGUUCACCUACGUAAAUGCACCAAACUGCAAGUACAUUGUCGCUGUGGGUGCGAUAGCUGGCCUUACAGUUGCUAUGUUCGGGUCUAUGUUUCCGCUUCCUCGCGUCGUAUACGCUAUGGCGCAGGAUGGACUGAUAUUUAAACAACUGUCAGUGAUUUCGCGGUUCGGGACCCCUGCAACUGCAGCUGUUUACGGUGGUGGCGCGGCCUCUAUUGUCGCACUCUUCGUUCAUCUCGAAGUACUUGUUGAAAUGAUGAGCAUUGGUACUCUUCUGGCCUACACACUGGUGUCAACUUGUGUGCUAGUUCUUCGUUAUCAACCAAAUUCUACCAACUUGAUCGACCUCUUGCCUGAGAGCUUUCGCACUCCGGUUGACCCCGAAGGCACAGCAUCGGGUCAACGACAAACGGCAAUAAUGGGUCCGACUCAAGCCCACAUUUUACCAUGCAGUCAACGCGUAAUGGUACGUCGUGUAACACGCAGCUCACCGGACUCGGACGAUACUCUGCCUGGUGAUGAAAGCGAGGAAUACGGACGCGGGGACCAGUACCUCAUUCAUUCUACCUCGGAAAACCAAUUCUACGUGCCCAGUGCUGGUUGCUCUGACGUGUCGAGGUUCCAGCGUUUCUUCGAUGACAUAUACCAACGUUUGUUCGCCAUGUCGUACCUGUGCCCGGGGAUCUUGCCCUGGAUUGAUUGCGGCCCCGCUACAGAACAGAGUGGAAAGUUCGUGAUGAGGUCUGUCGGAUUGAUGUACAUCCUGGUUAUAAUUUUCGACAUGCUUGCCGCCUUCUCCAGCCCUGGCAACUUUACUACAUUCCUAAUGGUUCUACUGGCACUCGGCGUUUUGGCCAUCCUGAUUAUGAUCUCACGCAAGCCGCAAAAUAAGAUCGGCUUGAUAUACACUACCCCUGGCGUCCCUUUUGUACCGGCAAUUGCAGUGACUGUAAACAUUUAUCUGAUCUUAAACCUCUCUGUACUGACCCUUGUACGAUUCACCGUCUGGAUGAUUUUAGGAUUCUUUAUGUACUUCAUGUAUGGUAUUAAGAACUCUGUAUUAGAGACCGACCCGCCCAAGUCUCCGGAGCCAAUACCACCACCCCCGAACCCACUUGAACGUACUAUGUUAGUCCCAGGGCCCACUCAAAGUUACCUAGUCGGAGAUCGAAACAUAUUCCAGGGCGAUGGACCCUUCGGCAACAAUGAUAAUCAAAUCUAUGAAGAUCCGCUGCAGUCCUGGAAGAUAACAGAAACCCAACCAACACGGAACCGUACUACAAGCAAUGUAUCAUUGAAAGCAGUAGAAACUCGAUUCGAUCCUCAAACCAACAAUGUGACCACGCACACUUCUAGCCGACCACCAUGGGCGUACCCGGAGGUUACCUACGACGCAUGGGACGACUAA